AUGCCAGCUGCCAUCAAUGGGUUUUGUUUGUUUGCGCAGGAAUUACGAACCAAAAUAACAGGACGUAGGCAUUACUAUCAGGACGAUGUAAUUUCACCUUAUUUGAUCCGUAUCAUAACACCACUAUGGGAACGCCUUACAAGUGAGGAGAAGAAGAUUUGGAAGGAUCGGGCAAAAAUGAAACGUCAGAUUGAGGAAUAUUUCACUUUGUUGCAUCGGCCAAGAAUGAUGGUGAAACGAAAGAAAUACGAAAAUGGAGUGGUGGAUGAAGAAAUUGAUGAAACUGAUAACGGAGCACAAAGUGAGAGACUUGAUGAAUUUGAUGAAAACGAUUAUCCAGAAGAUUCAAUGAUCGGUGUCCCGUUAAAUGAGAAGGAUUACGAUUCAGAAGAAAAUAGUAUCAGUCAAUGGACUUACAAGGAGAAGUAUGAAAAUGAUAAGAGACAAGUGCUUGCAUAUCUACGCACUCUUAAUGGAUUGGAUGAAAUUCGAAGAGCUCGAUUUUUGUUUAUUUCGGUGCAAACGUAUGGAGACAUAGAUGGUAUAUGCAUUCCUGCUGAAAUUGCAAUUUGUGAAUUUAAUCUGAAGCACGGUAUUAUUGAUAAGUACACAUCGAUUGUUGGACCGUGGCGUUUGAACGAUGAAAUACAACGACGAAGAGCUGAAUUUCAUGCAAACGAAACACACCAAAUUCACUUAGAUAUGUUCGAUAGAAAAAUAUUCAAAGUUCCAACUCAAAACUCGUGUUUGAGAGAAAUUUUGGGUCGCUGUGAACCAGUCAUUGCGCAAUACCAAGGCGUUUUUGUUGGCCUCUAUCGUGAUGGAAUUGUUGAAUUCGACAAUGAUGUGGAACAGCGGGUUUUGGUAGCCUCCUACAAUAAUAGUCGUGAUAAAGGUGUUUACCAUCGAAGAACACCUCAACGCGGUAAUGGUAGCAAUGGUAACAGUUGCAGCAAUCGAACAUAUACAACAUAUUACAACAAAGAAAAGCGAGUGAAGUUCACCAAAGGUUCCACAAAUGGUUAUCAUGGGUCCAAACGUCUAGAACAAGCAAGACCAAUUUUUGUGGCCAACAAAGAAGGACGUCGUUGGUUAAUUUGUCUUAAUCAUGAAUACGAGAAAAUACGUGCAAGCCUCGAAUAUCUUAAACAAGCACAGGGACUCUCUUAUAAUGGAUUUCCUACAACAGCAGAUCGUUUCUGGUACGCUAAUGCUGUGGUUGAUGCUCUUGCGGAAUAUGCUAACGGUGCACCUGAUUCGGAAUACAAAUUAUGGAUGGAUGUCUUUGGAAAAAGACAACCAUUUGAGUUUAACACACCAUGGGAACGUCGGGCCAAUGUAUUUUGCCGAAUGCAUGGCGUAACACGAAAUUGUUGUUGCGCUUCCGCAACUGCCAUUCGAAGUUGCUUUGCGAUCUUUUUUGCACUUCGUGAACUUCUGGACCUAAAUUUGGAUGAUUGA